AUCCGUUGACCUACUAUGGGCAUAUUGCGCAGGGCUGCGGAAGGCGGAGCUGAAGGCGGUAUGAAAGGCUCGCAUGCCUCGCGUCUUCCUCCGCCUCUCUACAGCAAAAUGGCGACUGUUGACUACGACUCGUCCGCGGAUCCAGAGAUGGACUUGACCAGCGACGAGGAGUUAGAGAGGGAAGCGGAAGGCUUCAAAGAGCAGGGAAAUGCAUACUAUGUCAAGAAAGACUAUGCUGAAGCUUUCAACUUCUACACCAAGGCCAUCGACUUGUGCCCGAAAAAUGUCAGUUACUAUGGCAACCGUGCAGCCACAUUGAUGAUGCUGAGUCGCUACAGAGAGGCACUGGAGGACUCCCAGCAGGCUGUGCGGCUAGAUGACACUUUCAUGAAGGGUCACAUGCGUGAGGGCAAGUGCCACCUGCUGCUCGGCAAUGCUAUGGCUGCCAGCCGCUGCUUCCAGAAGAUUCUAGAGCUGGAAACAGACAACAGUCAGGCGCAGCAGGAGCUGAAAAACGCAGAGUCCAUCCUGGAGUUUGAGCGCUUGGCUGAGAUCAGCUUUGAGAAGCGAGACUUCAGGAUGGUGGUCUUCUGUAUGGAUCGGGCAUUAGAGUCCGCUUCUGCAUGUCACAGGUUCAAGGUUUUGAAAGCAGAGUGUCUGGCUCUGCUGGGACGCUACCCAGAGGCCCAGUCUGUCGCCAGUGACAUAUUGCGGAUGGAUUCCACCAAUGGCGAUGCCUUGUAUGUGCGGGGAUUAUGUCUGUAUUACGAAGACUGCAUUGAUAAGGCUGUGCAGUUUUUCAUUCAAGCGCUGCGCAUGGCACCAGACCAUGAGAAGGCCCGUCUGGCCUGCAGAAAUGCUAAAGCCCUAAAGGCGAAGAAAGAGGAAGGGAACAAGGCAUUUAAAGAGGGCAGCUUUGAGGAGGCAUAUGACCUCUACUCGGAGGCCCUGACCAUCGACCCAAACAACAUCAAAACUAAUGCCAAGCUGUACUGUAACCGAGCCACCGUCGGAUCCAAGUUAAAUAAACUGGAGCAGGCCAUUGAGGACUGCACAAAGGCUAUUAAACUGGAUGAGACCUACAUUAAAGCUUAUUUGAGAAGAGCUCAAUGUUACAUGGACACAGAGCUGUAUGAAGAGGCUGUCAGAGACUAUGAGAAGGUUUAUCAAACAGAGAAGACUAAAGAACAUAAGAACCUGUUGAAGAACGCUCAGUUAGAGCUGAAGAAAAGCAAGAGGAAAGAUUAUUACAAGGUCCUUGGGGUGGAUAAAAAUGCCACUGAAGAUGAAAUCAAAAAGGCCUAUCGUAAACGAGCCCUGAUGCACCACCCAGACCGACAUAGCGGAGCAAGUGCUGAAGUGCAGAAAGAAGAAGAGAAGAAGUUUAAGGAGGUGGGCGAGGCCUUCACUGUGCUCUCUGACCCCAAGAAGAAGUCCCGCUAUGACAGCGGCCACGACCUGGAGGAUGACGACAUGAACAUGGACUUUGAUGCCAACAACAUCUUCAAAGCAUUCUUUGGUGGCCCGGGUGGGUUUAGUUUUGAAGGUAAUUCAUCAUCUGGACCUGGAAAUUUCUUCUUCCAGUUCGGCUAACUUGGCAACUUUCAGAAUGUAUGCAGUAGUUUCACAACCUCUGAAUUCCCCUGAACCGGACUAC